AUGGCGACCUCCAUGGAGUUUGGAGGCUGGCGCGAGCAGUUGUCUAAACAUCCACUUUGUAAAGCACUUAAAGAAAAUAACGCUAAAGACUCUGCUCAUAAAAAUGCCACUGAUUCCAAAAGUAUAUUCUGUAUUAAUGGCAGCGAUCUCUUUGUAUGGGAUAGCUCAGACAAAUGUCUGCUUCAUUGCAAUUUGAAAACAUUGCAAAAAAACAGUGAGGUUGAAAAAGUUGUUGACAAAAUUGAUCAACUAAGGUUGGGGAAAAAAACUGAAGAAUCUUAUCAUUAUCAGAAACUGUUGCUUAAUGAUAUUGUUUCGUUUGAUGUGGAAGGCAUCAGAGUUAACUCUUGUGGAAGCUAUAUUGUCGUUUGGGGGCAUCAUGGCAUUAGAGUUGUGCAAUUACCCAGUAAAUGGGGAAAAAAUUCUAUGUUUGAAGGUGGAAAAAAGGAAGCUAUUCCUUGCAGGACAAUCAAAAUAGGAGAACGCUACUUCACUGGACAUAAAAAUCUCAGCAUUCGUCAGGUAUCAUGGCAUCCAGGCAGCAAAACAGACUCCCACUUUACUCUACUUACAACAGAUAAUAUGUUCAGCGUCUAUAAUUUAAGUGAACCAGAUGAACCAUCAAGUAUUAUAAACAUCAACACAGGGGAAAUCAAUCCUACCUACUCACCCAGUAAAUCUUUUGUUGCCCCUGUUCUUGGAGAAACUGCAGUGGCAUUUGACUUUGGCAAACCUAUUGAGGUGCAACCACGUCAGAAGAGGUUCUCAUGUCAAAACCUUGAAGUCUGGCCUGUUUACUGUGUCAGAGGAAAUGGAGACGUUUUGAUUUUAUACUCUCAUUUAUCUAAUGUACGGCCAGUUAGGUUUCCAGUUCAAGGUCCUCUUACAAUGAACCCCCCUGCAGAUGAUAACUAUGGUGUAGACGCAUGCUCCAUUGUCUGUCUGCCCACCUCAUUCCCAGUCAUCAUCAUCAGCACUAUGGAGGGUAGAGUCCAUCAUUGUGUCCAGUUGCCCGGUGCAGCGGAGGAUGAAUCUGAGCAGGAGUUCCCCAACACCUCAUCACUCUAUGACUGUCCACCAGAGCCAUCUCUCUACGUUAUUGAAACUGCUGAACUAGACUUGUGUCUAAGUGUGCCAAAGUUUGAGGAGGAUUCAUCUCUAGACAAUGACUUUAUGUGUCCUGUCCAUCUCAAAAAAGAUCCCAGCUGCCCAGACCGUUACCUCUGUGCCCAUGCUGCUGGAGUCCACUGUGUAGCCCUGCCCUGGCUGACAGCAGUGCAGAAUUUUUUCUUAGAAGAAGAUGAAGACCUGUGUAUGCCAGAGGAAAAAGAAUGUAUUAUAGAACAUUUGGUUUGUACCAAGCCGUUGUAUAGCUGUCCAACAUCUCCCAUACUUGGUGUCGACACUGUGACUGAUCCACUGUUAGGGACUACUCUCUUGGUGCUUACUUGUGACUAUGAAUUUACUGCACUUCCAAUGGGACUUCAUUAUAAACUUUACCCCAGCCACUCAGAGUCAUCUUCUCUCAACUCUUCAAAAGUGCAGCCUCGUAAUCUAGAACCAUUUAGUCACCAAGUCAAACAGAUCCUGCUAAAGAAAGAUUCCCAUCCUUUGUUAAAAUCCAGUAAUACAACUGAACAGAGCCAGAAGAAUUGUUUCAGGAUGUUGAUUCAGGCAACACAGAUUCUAAGACAGGAAUAUAUUCCUAGAAUAGUUAAAGCCAAACAGGCUAUUGAUGCUAGAGUAGCUUUAUUAAAGAAUCAUAAAACAUAUCACCUGGAGGACAUCAAGAGGCUGAUUGAGGCAAGCCAAGAGCUGAGAGAACAUGCUGGCGUUAUAGCUGAUCGAUUAGAGACCACCAAAGAAAACCAUGAGAGGCUCUUCAAACGACUUGACUCUGUUGUGCAUAAGCUACAAAACAAUGUGCCGGUACUAAGUGACGCUGAGAAACAGAUGAUCAGGGAACUCAAUAGAAUUAAAGACAACAUUCAGAUCUAUGAGCAGAGCAUACAACAAGUGAAAUCAAAGCAAGAGCUACAAGAUAAACAAAUGAAUCGGGCUAACAAAAGCUCUGGCCCAUUUCUCCAUCAGAGUCAACUGGGCCACAUUCAUGGCGUUUUGAAGGAAGAAGGAGAUGACAUUGAAGAAUUGAGGAAAGAAGUAACUCGGCUCAACUUAACUCUAAGUUAAUGAAUACCAGCUGUUUACAUUCUGAUGUAAACAUAGAAUGUAUAUUAAAAUAUUUGAUAUCCUGUA